AAGUCAAGAAAUAGAUUAAUUCUUUAGAUAUAUUUUAUUUUAUUUUAUCUUCCUCUUUCCCAUAAGCCUUCCUUGUUAGGGUUUUCCCUUUUCUUUAGCUCUUCUCCUUUUCUCUCGUUUUCUUGUCUUGCUUAGUUCCUCAAAAUUUACACUUCGUUUGUUCCAGCUGAACUAGCUACUUCUUCUUAGUUGGAGCUGUAUGCAAUCGUUGGUGCUUUGAAUUUCAACUUUAAAGAAAAAGCCAGGUUAGCUUACUUCAGGGAUUUGGUUUUUUUCCCCUUUUUGUGAUUGAAACUCAAUUGUUUUGCUAUUUGGUUUGUAUUCAGAUUUGGAUUUUGGCUUUUUUUUUCUUUUAUCUUUCUGGGUUGUUUUUAUUUUUGUGUUGCAAAAUUGUACGGACUAGUAGGUGAAGAUGAUGGAAUGCUUCUUGUUUUUGGUUUGAGAAUUUUGAUUAUAAUAUAGCUUAUGAAUUUCUUUUGGGUAACUUUAUCUGAGUUAUUGGGCGUAUUUGGCUGACUCAAUGGAAGAAAUUGAAGGGGUGGAAGUGGAGAUUGUUGUAAAAGGAUAAAAAAGGGGAGGUGGUGGAGGAUGAUGAUGGUUCGUGAUGAUUGAUGGGCAGUAGAACAGUGAAUAUUGGUAUAGAAAAUGAUAAGAAAGCUGUAACAGCGAUGCCAAGCUACGUUCCUUCAGUACCCACUUCCAAUCCCAGCACAGAGGCAAACACCAUUCGUUCUUCUCGAAUACCAGACUUAGGAACCCUUGAGCAAUCUCUUGGAUUUCGCAUCGAGGAUGCUGUUGAUCUUACCAGAAAUCCUCUAUUUAAUCAAAUAAAGUCAAGUACCCAGGCAAUAGCUGAUGCUCAAUUUGGUGCUAUAAAUAAGACACUUGCAUCUGCAGACAACAACCUCUCUGCUGCCAUUGUGGGGUCACAAACAUUAACGCUUAAAAAAGAUACCCCACCUAAUCUUGUAUCUAUAUCAGCCGGUCGGGAGAAUUGGGGGGAUUCCAAUAUGGCAGAUGCCAGUCCUAGAACUGAUAUUUCAACAGAUGACACUGAUGAGAAAAAUCAAACGUUUGAAAGAGGUCAAACAAAUGCUAUUGUGGCCUCUGAUUCUAGCGACAGAUCAAAAGAUAAAACAGAUCAGAAGACAUUGCGUAGGCUUGCACAAAAUCGUGAGGCUGCAAGAAAGAGCCGGUUGAGGAAAAAGGCAUAUGUGCAGCAGCUUGAGAGUAGCCGACUGAAACUGACUCAACUUGAGCAAGAGCUGCAGAGAGCUCGUCAGCAGGGCAUAUUUAUUUCAAGCUCAGGAGAUCAAUCCCAUUCAAUGAGUGGAAAUGGUGCCCUGGCAUUUGAUGUUGAGUAUGCACGGUGGCUGGAGGAGCACAAUAGGCAGAUAAAUGAGUUAAGGGCUGCAGUCAAUUCACAUGCUGGUGACACCGAACUUCGCACCAUUGUUGACAACGUCACAGCACAUUUUGAUGACAUUUUCAGGUUGAAAGGCAUUGCUGCAAAAGCUGAUGUUUUCCAUAUCUUAUCAGGAAUGUGGAAAACACCUGCAGAGCGGUGUUUUCUGUGGAUUGGUGGCUUCCGCUCAUCUGAGCUUCUUAAGCUUCUUGCGAAUCAAUUGGAGCCUCUAACUGAGCAACAGUUUAUGGGUUUCCACAACUUGCAGCAGUCAUCCCAACAGGCUGAAGAUGCUUUGUCACAAGGGAUGGAAGCAUUGCAACAAUCUUUGGCUGAGACGUUGGCCAAUGGCUCACCUGGUCCCUCCGGAUCAUCUGGGAAUGUGGCAAAUUAUAUGGGUCAAAUGGCCAUGGCUAUGGGAAAGCUAGGGACCCUUGAGGGGUUCGUUCGUCAGGCUGAUAAUCUGCGUCAGCAAACACUGCAACAAAUGCACCGUAUCUUGACAACUAGGCAAUCAGCUCGUGCCCUUCUUGCAAUAAAUGACUAUUUUUCUAGGCUUCGAGCUCUCAGUUCUCUUUGGCUGGCCCGGCCACGCGAGUGAGAAGUAGAUAUAUCCUGCCGUUUGAAGUUACUCUGAAGAUUUGACUGUCCUUUGAUCAAAUUUUAAUGGUGUUCUCCUGGAGCAAUGCUAUUGUUUCAUGUGGGUAAAUCGCUCUUCGUCGACUUUGACAUCCUUGAAGGAUGCAACUAUGGUGCAACUUGGUCACUUCGUUGUAUCUAUAGGUACUCCUUUGACAGUUGUAACAUCAGAUAUGUUCCCAAAGGUGUUGUAUGCUCAUUACUUAUGUUGUUAAACAGCAGUGCAAUAAACUGAUAGCGUUGUUGCUAGAAUUGAGAAAGGAAGAUAGGGAGUGGUAUAUGUAACAUAGGAUAAAGCUGUCAAUUUGUAUACCGGGAAUCAGAUUAAAAAGCAGGGUGGUAAUAGUUCUCUUUUAGGGUGUUAUGACAACCGUUGGCUUGUAUAUAUGUUAAACUUUCAUUUGUAAUGUAAUUGAUCCUAUGUAUUUCAUA